CUGCAAUAAUCUACUUCUCUCUCGACUUCCUCUCAGCCGCCGAGGAAAAAUAAAAAAAAAGUUUAACAGAUCUAUCUCCGGUCCGGCUACGUCCGGUGACCGGAGGGUCCCCUCUUCCUCUUUUACUUUUUUUUCUCUUUGCCUUCUCGUUUUUUCUCCAAACCCUAAGGCGAGAUACGUGCUGUUCUGGCUUGUCGGGGUGACUCCGGAGACUUGUCUGGUCAAGGGGCCAUCUCACGGCGUUCUUGGAGGAGCAGUGAGUCGUAGGAAGGCGGAAUCGAGGCAGGUCGGCUUUUAGGGUUGAGAGGAGACAACGAAUCGAUUUUCCGUUUUAGAUCUCGGACGCUCCUCUCACGCCGAGGGCUUUGUUAGAUCUGAUUUUCCCUUUUGAGAUCUUCGACAAAGCCCUCUCGACGACGGCGCGUGACAACGGCGAGACGUCUCCUCAAUGCCGGAUCUACCUGUCCCUGCGAUGGUGAGACGACUGUAGGAGUGACUCAACAGACGACGGAAAGAAGCUGUCUUUCUUCGAUGCUCGGAGUUGACGCCCGGUGAGAGUCAUGUCAAUGGAGCUAGUAAACAAAGGUGAAGCAUUUAUGGAUGAAGCGACAGAGAUCCUCAUCUCAGCGUCAAUGACAGUGGUGUGGUUACGCCGGUGGUAUGGUCUUCGCUUUUCUUGAAGUUGCGAUCUAGUAUACCCAGUUCCGAUGUACUAGUCAAGGUUCAUCUUUUAGCUUGGUCAUGGUGUUUAAGCUUCAGACUAUGAAGCACUAUAGUGUCAGUCGGAAGGAUUGAAAGUUUGGUCGGAAUGCACAUAUGUUGUGGUGAGAGUUGGUUUAGCAGAUUAUUCGUAGAGUGGUGGAUGCAGUGAUUGCUUAUCGAUUCGGUUCUUAGACAGUGUGGAUCUGUCUGUCCGUCUGGUAAGGCCUCGUUUUAGUUGGGAAGGUGGCUGGACUUCUAUCUCGGAGGAAGUGGACGCGAAGCGCGUCACAUCCGUAUCCAAAGGUUGUAUGGAUCGAGUAACGAUUCUCCCUGUUGGGUUAUGAAGUCGCAGUGUUUUGGUUCUUGGACGGUAUCGUCUGGCGUGCAUGUGCAGCAGCGAUAAGUCGUGGUGCAGGAGGUGGAGUUAUCGUGUGGCGGGCUAUGGGCAGCAGCGGCAAUUCCCGAUCAGUAGCCUUUAUAAAGGUUUUAAAUCUGCUAAAUUAAAUUUCCGAUCACUAUCGUGUGUUUUAGCUUUUAUCCAGUAUUAGUGUCGAGUAUGGCCUUUUGUUUUGGUACUUUAAGUUCCCCUUGUGUGGGUUUUAGCUGCCGCCAUCAUGUGGGCUCUCGUGUAUGGAGUUUGUCUAUUUAUCUCGUAGUUUAUGUUUUAAGUCGUCCUGGUAUGGGUUCUAGCAGCCGCCUCCAUGUGGGCUUUUGUAUGUUUUAUGGAAUAAAAUGAAGUACUUUUCCGAGAAAAAAAAAAAAAAGAUGCAGAGGUAAGAUAGUAAAGACACUCCUUCAAACUUCUUCUAAUAUAAAAGACGAAUAGUCUCAGAGGAAGGCGAUUUUACAUCUAACAUAUCAUAUAAAGGAUGACUGUGAAUAGAAUUCCAAUCUCACUCAUCUAGUAUAUAAGCAUGAACCAUUUAAACAGGUAUAUGCAUUUAAGAUAGAGAAAAUCGAUAUACAGAUGAAAUUUCUCACCUAAAACCAUAUAUACUUUCCCAAUCACCACUCUUAAUCGAUUAUUUAACUUAGCCAUCGAUGAGUUCCUAACUCUUAUAUAAUAUAAUAUAGUAAGUAUUUUUUUACGAAAACUAUAGUAAUAUUUACAUUCUGAAAAAAUAAAAGUAUUUACAUUUUGUAUCUCCUUAAAUUUUUAAAAUUCGACUGAGUUGUAUGUUUGGAACUCAUGAUGAUUACUUUUCUCUAAGUUUUCCAAAAUAAUAAGAAAGUAUCGAGAUGGUAUUAUCUUUAGGUAAAUUUCCUUGUACUAGACAAUUACUCUAAUAUCUUAAGUCAUAUUCUCCUCGGGUUUGUGGUUAAAUGGGUGUAGACGGUCCUGGUAGAAUGCAAUAGAGGCAGUAAUCUCCGGUGGAAACUACUGAACGACGGUAUUGUCGGUCUUUGACUCUUUCUCGUACCGUCAGUGGUUUCUUUUAUCAAGCUUGCUCUGGGUCCGUGGUUGGAUUCUUUGCUUUAGUUCAAUCUGGGUUGUCGGUUGGAAACUGUAGGAACCGUAGUAUUCAGGGUUUGAGGGUGCCCUUUUUUCGAUAGCUCGCGGCAACUAGUCGGUGUUCUCAUCUAGUUCUAGAGUUGUAAGGUAUGUCCUCGUCUCGCUAUUACUCCAUUUGAACGCUUGCGCUGCGUUGUUGUUAGGUCCGGUCCUUUGCUGAUGUCGUUAGUGUUCUCUUGUGGUAUUGUUGUUUAUUUUUUCUGCUACUAGUCAUCUAUUGUAACCUCUCUCAAAAAAUCGGUAAUAAUAUCUAACAUAUUUACUAAAAAAAAAAAACUUUUGACAAACAAUAUCAUUUCAAAAGACAUUAUAAUAAUAACAACAUAUUGUUUUUUCAUUUUCCUCCGUGGGUCUCCUCCAUAUAUUAAGGACCUUGGUAAAUUUGAGCAAGAUUAUAACAGUUGGUGGUAAAAUCUUCUUUGUAGGAAUAAGUUAGUUGGAGCUGUAAACAGUUAGUUGAUGACCGUUAGGUUUAACACCUACGUUUCAAUUUUUCCCCGGGAGAGAGAUUAAAAAACAGAGGAAUAGAGAGAAAACAAGAGAAAGAUAAAAGAUCAAUGGCAAAAUGAAGGAAGAAGAGAGACAUGGUUCAUCAUCCGAUUCUUCUUCGUCUUCUCUUCCUGUGAGCUACGGAGUUGACUAUGAAAAAUACAACUUCUCCUCUUCUGUUUCUUCUCUUUCUCGACCGUUUUCUCCGGAAGGAUCAAGCAACAAGAGCUGUGUUCUGGAAAAUAAUCUUUCCUCUGUUUUCUCGUUGGACCAUGACGACAGUCUCCCCAUCUUAUCUAGAGAUAGACCAUGUUCUUGUGUCCAUCAUGUCUUCCAGUGGAUUCUGCAGAGGUGUUGUGGCUGUUUCUGUUAGCCUUUCUUUUGCCUCUCUUAAUACCUCUAGCUUAAUAUGAUACCAUCAUUGUAGGACUUGUUCUACUCUUUUCAAUCUCUUCUUAUGUCAUAUUGCAAUUUGAAUGAAAUGAAAGCGUAUAUUAAAGCUAAAACCACUAAAACACAGUUUACAUGCAAUAUAUCUGAAUUGCAGUUUUAUGUUGUGAAUUAAAACUGUUGCAAUAUGGAAGGUCUAAUCCGGAUUCACUUGGCAUAGGAAAGUUAGCUGUAACCAAUUCUUAACCCAAUCUUUGAUAUUGGAAUCUUGUUUUUUUUUCUCUCUCUUUGGAACAAAGUGUAGUUUGAGUAAGGUAUUGGCAAAGUAUUGAUUUACCAUUGAAAAUGAUGGACCACUAAUCAGCGACUGUGAGAACCAAAACCAACCCCAAUCUGAUUUGCAUCAUAGAUAUACUAGGAUUAAUGGAUUUUUGCUUUAAAUUUUAUCAAAUCAAUAUGUUUUUGCACGUAAAAGAGACAUUUUCUGUAGUUGAUCUUAAGUCACGAGGUCCGCUCUACUUUUCCACAGUUUAUUAUAUUUUCAAUAUCACUCAUUUCAGCCAUGUUCAAGAUAAUAUGCUAACAUUCUUGAGUCAAACCCCCGCCGUUUUGCCUCUUCCUUUUGUAUUUAGAUUUUGUUAUUCCCACGUCUAUAGACAUGACCAUCCACCAAUGGGUCACCGCCUCUGGUAAAAGGAUCAGACGCUAACCCACCACCUCUCACCAGCCUUCCUCACCUCCCCAAACCGGCAAACCUCUGCAGCCGAUUGUGGCGCUCCCUCAUGAGGAACACCGCAAGGGAGUUUAAAAAAUAUCACUUGUUUUCUCUUAUAUAUUUAAGUUAAGCAUGACAAAAUAAACCCAAAAAAUGAUUUUUAUGAAAAAUGCUGAUUUAAUUGAAUGACUGAUAAUUGAUCGUACAUCAGUUAUGAGAGCUAUAAUGAGUGAAACUACAAUUCAAAAUAGUAUUCCUUACGUAAAUUGAUUAAAAACAAAACAGAAUCAUGUUCUUUUGUAUAUCAUUUUGGCCCUAAGUUAAUGCUAACGCAUUAGUCAGGACGAAUCAUUUCACCUCCAAAAAUGACUAAUUUGGCUUGCUUUGUCGUGAACGGAGAAUAAUCCUACUCUCCUCUGUGUUCGUUUGGGACUGUGAUUAUAACAGAGAAUGUACCAAUAAUGGCUUCAUUUAAAGCAUUAAAUGUGAUCGAACCUAAAACAGUGGUUCUAUAACUACAUGUAAUACUUAUAGAACCACUAUAUAUAUUGAAAACAUUAGUUGUACAUAGUGUUGAACUAUAAUUUGAUUCAAAAAAAAAAAAAAUAUAAUUAACAAACCAACACAUAUAUUGUUUGUAAGCAUUGUUGAAGAACAAUAGAUUCGCUUGUUAAUAAGGAUUGGAAAGAAUUUGAAAGCCUCUAAAACAAGUACUUACGAAAGAAACAUUUAUCACCGUUUUGACCCCUAACUCGUUUGGGAUCGUUUGUAAACCUCAUUUUUACUGCCAUUUUUCAUCCUAAAUGUAGGAACAUGUUCUCAGAGAGUAGUAUAUUUUCUCUUAUUAUCAAAUAGAAGUUAGCUAAAAGAAAUGUUAUAUAUGAAUUCUGAAAGAAAAUCAUAUUAUUCAAAAUGUAUUGUAACUAGAAAAAGAAAGGUGGAUGAUUCAGUGAUAAAUUAGGUUUAAACAUUACGAAAUCAGGCAGUAAAAACACGACUACUUCUGUUGGAUUGAUUUAUUCAACCAAAGGAAAAAAAAUCACGUUGUGUCGUUACAAUGAUACAGAUUCCUAUUUAUUGAUAAUAGAUCUUAGAGGAUCAA